UAAACAUUUAACAGAGAUUGAAUGAUAGAGCUCAGACACAACUGUGCAUACUGAAACAGAGGAAAUGGCCGCCCAACCAGUCAACGUGCUAAUCACCGGAGCCAACAGAGGCCUGGGCCUGGAGAUGGUAAAACAAAUGGUGGAGGCUCCCUGUCCAGUGAGAAAACUGUUUGCCUGUUGCAGGGACCCACAUGGACCAAGGGCUGAGGCCUUGCAAGCACUGGCAAAGAAGCACCCCGGCAUCAUAUCCGUCAUCCGCCUGGACGCCACCGACCUUUGUAGCAUUAAAGAUUCCGCCCAGCUGGUGGGUUCUAUGGUGGGGACAGGGGGUCUCAACCUGCUGAUUAACAACGCAGGGAUGAUGGCCAAAGGCACUCUGCGGGACACCACCCCCGAGGACAUGCAGAGUACCUUUAACACCAACGUCAUGGGCCCGAUGAACAUGAUUAAAGAGUUCUUGCCUCACCUUCGUGCAGCAGUGCAGGCCAACGGGAAGCCGGGGAUGUCCUGCAACAAAGCAGCUGUCAUCAGCAUCUCCUCAGUUCUGGGGUCAUUGGACCUUGUAAAACAAACAUAUGCCCUCUUCCCUGCCAUCUCAUACCGCAUCAGCAAGACAUCUUUGAACAUGCUGACUGCGUGUGCUGCAGAGGAGCUGAAAGAGGAUGGGAUCCUGUUUUCAGUGCUACACCCUGGCUGGGUGCGCACUGACAUGGGUGGAGACGCGGGGGAGAUUGAUGCUCCGGAGAGUGUGCAGGGGAUGCUUCGUGUGAUAGCAUCCCUGACUGAACAGCACAAUGGAGCCUUCCUGGAUUACAAGGGCAAGCCUGUCCCCUGGUAGCUUUAAUCAACCACUUUGUGCUUCAUAAACUACAAUUCAAAUACAACUUUGAU